AUGAAGGAGAUACAGUUCUUGGGACACGUAGUCUCCGCUGGAGGAAUCUCAGUCGAUCCGGCCAAAGUGCGAGCGGUGUUAGAAUGGGAAAGUCCGCGUUCGGUCUCGGAAGUCAGGAGUUUUGUGGGUCUCGCUGGCUACUAUAGACGCUUCAUCGAAGGAUUUUCUAAGAUAGUAGCACCGAUGACGCAGCUUACACGCAAAGAUCAACCGUUCGCUUGGACUGAUCGGUGUGAAGCGAGCUUCCAGGAGUUGAAGAAGAAGUUGACGAGCGCCCCAAUGUUAAUCAUCCCUGACACGGCCAGACCCUUUGAAGUAUAUUGUGAUGCGUCUCAUCAAGGGUUGGGAUGA